CCUGCCUCCGAUGAUGAUGAUGACAUCACCACAGCCUGUGAUCGCGACGCGCGCCUGAGCGCCACUGCAGUCACAGCGCGAGCGAUGCGGAGCGACACUUCACGCGUUUAUCCCACCGAUCCGUGCGCGCGAUCCCCGGUUAAACACGGAGCCGACAUGACGGAGAGGAUCCGAGGAAAGCGGAGGAAACAAGCGAACCCGCGCAGGAACCAAGGAGAGAGCGAGCGCUGUCUGGGUUCUGCCGGAGAGGAUGAGGGCAGUGUUUGGGGAAUGGAGGUUCAGGACGGCAGAGAUGCUCAGGAUAAAGUAAGCGAGGGAACGGAUCCCGGGAGUCCGGCUCCGGAGAACUGGAUCCACACGGAGAACACUCCCCGAAACAUCCCGGCCACACACUCCGAACGCUGCAACCACGCCAUGUUCAGUCAGACUGACGCUCAUGUGAUGGAUGAUAUGCCUCAUUACGACUCAGUGGUUCAGCUGAGGAAAGUGUCGAACCUGCUCAGUCCGAUUCACACACAGAAACACAACGGAUCCGUGAACUCGUAUCAUUUAGACGGCGUUCAGGACGACAUGUCUCCGGUCUGCUGGUCUCCGGGAGAACACGACUCACCUGAGGGAAAAGACGGCGGGCUGCUAAACCCCGACGCGCCACAGACGUGCCCGUUCUGCCAGCGCGAGGCGUCUCUGGGGGAACACCUGAGCUUCUGCCCGGCCCGGGACACGGGAGACGGUGUGUGUCCUCUCUGCGGGUUCAGUUCACCGUACCGGUCUCAGAUGGAGCGGCACUUGACUCUCCACGCUCACACGGACGAGAAGAACUCCUUGUCUGAGCCCAGUAUGGAGAGCAGGAAGUUCAAGUGUAAUCAGUGUGGAAAAGCCUUUAAAUACAAGCAUCACCUCAAAGAGCACCUGCGCAUCCACAGUGGUGAGAAGCCGUAUGAGUGCUCGAACUGUAAGAAGCGCUUCAGUCACUCGGGAUCCUACAGUUCACACCUCAGCAGCAAGAAGUGCCUCAGUGGGAACGCAGCUCAUUUUAACGGACACUCCCAUCAUGCGUACUUGACGCCCGUCUUCCCAUCGCCCACGUCGCCCCCUGUGGUCGGCGGGAGAAACUGCAGCCGGGGAAAGUUCCCGCUUGAGUCCGCCGUUCCCGUUUUGAGCCGGACGUGGGAUCCCGCGGAUGAUUUGGCCAUGAGGACGGGUGUGUUUAAAGGCACAACGUUGCUACCGUUGCUUCAGUCGCGUAGUAAAUUCGAACACCUCCUUCAGGAGAUGCUCCGUCGGGAGGUGGGAGACGAGGCGCGGAAAAACAAGAGAUCAACAGCGUGUAAUAACCUGUCGUCGCCACAGCGCGCAUCUUGGCAUUCGGUCCCGCAGCAAAUCCUCGUGCCUUUACCAACACCAUUGCAACUAGCGCAAGAUUCCCCCCACAAACACUGGCUGGGAGAAGAAGGUGGCCCGACAUCACCCACGUUACCCGAACGCAAGCACCUCCGGUAUGGCUCGCCAACUUAUCUGGAUCUGUCAAUCAACACAUCUCCACGACAACCAACCUAUCAUAUUCAGAGCGAACCUUUAGACUUAUCCAUCCCUAAACCUCAUUCGGCAUCCGCCGUGCCACGAGAGACCAGAACUUGUAAUGGUUACUCGCCGCAACGAGAACGACGCGAUGGUGAGACUGUGUUUAAGAGAUUGACUCCGCCCUCCCAGCAGCAGGUGGGCGGGGCUUAUGUGCCAUCGCCGCUGUUUAGCAGCACGGUGUUCAGCAGCUACCCUCUCUUCAGUCACAUGAUCCCAGGACACAACGGUCUAACAUCACUUCCUCUCACGCCACCAACACCAAGCCCAGGCUUCCUGUCUCCAGUGGCGUAUAUGGUGGAGGCGGAGCCAGAGCCAAUGCUGAAGAGAAUCCAGCAUGAAAGACAUUCGAUUAUGACUGAAGCCGUGAGCCGCGGCGUUCCGGAGUUCCUGUCUCUGAUGGAGGAUGGGAUGGAUGGAGAGAUCGGCUCCGGGAGGAAGAGGCUGAGGAAGACUGAGGAAGGAUUGUACGCCUGCGAUAUCUGUGACAAAACCUUCCAGAAGAGUAGCUCUCUCCUGCGACAUAAAUAUGAGCACACGGGAAAGCGACCUCACGAGUGUCAGACCUGUAAGAAGGCCUUUAAACACAAGCAUCAUUUGAUUGAACACAGUCGUUUGCACUCGGGAGAAAAACCGUAUCAGUGCGACAAGUGUGGCAAACGCUUCUCUCACUCGGGCUCGUACUCUCAGCACAUGAACCACCGCUACGCCUUCUGCAGUCGAGACAGUGACCCGGACGGGGCCGCUCCCGAGGGGCCCGCUUUCCUCAGCGACUCCAGCAUGGAGGGAACGGCGCUGGAGUUCAGAGACGAGGAGGACGAGGAGGAAGAGGAAAACUCCCUCAGGAACCACACCUAUGAUGGAGACAGAGAGGAAGACACCGAGGAAAAACCCCCCGGAAGUGAGAAACAUGAAGACAUGACGGAGUGA